GAUGUAAGGAGACUUGAUAUGAUGUAGUAUGACAGUGGGAGUGUCCACAUGCAUAUAAAUGUGUGCAGGGUACGGUCGGUACACACAGAGGCGGGGAGAGAGCCACGACACGCACACACUUUGUGUCACCAGGCAGACAGACAGACAGAUGCCAUAGAGGUCUCGAUAAGCUCAACCAGUGAGAGCCUCAGCGCCCUGUCCGUCGGCAUUUCCUUGGUGUGGCAGCACCUGGCAACGCAAACCGAUGAAGGCUCGCCGCGCCUCAUCGACUGACAUCGCCGGGCGCUCCCCGACCACGGAGUUGCCGACGUGAUGGAGCGUCUUGUUGCAAGGGGAGAGAGAAGCGCACGCAAAAAUCGACACAGGAAAGCAGCUACAGUAGAAGCUCAGACCAGCUUGACAAAUCAACAACUCAUCCAUCCAUCCAGCCAGCCAUCCAGCCAUCGACUCAUCGACUCAGGUCACUCAAUCACUCAUCCGCUCACGGAGAAACGCAUACCUCUGCACAUGAAGUGAAGGUCAGAAAGCGUAUUGGCUGGCGAGGCGGGGACGCUCAGCCGUUUACUUUGCUGCGAAAAACGAGGCAAAGCAAAGAAUGACAGAGACAGAACGGAGAAAGAAAGACACAAGAGCUGGCGCCGCCCAGCUGGCCAGUGAUACGUGUGUGUAUGCGUGUAUGUGUGUAUGCACUAUGUACACCUGCACCCACAGACAGGCAUCCGCGUGUGAGCAGCAGUGUGCCGUGAUGUCAGCCGGCUGUGGGCCACCGGCCUCUCGUCAGCUCAUUCGCAGACAACGAGGGGGCGAUCGCCAACAUCGAGCCGACACCACGGCACGUACAGCCGCCCACCACGACCCACAGCAAUACACCAAAAGCACCAGACAACCAUCGUCACACGUGUCGGGUCAGGCAGGACCUUCCUUAAGUCUUAAGUACCUGUGUUGUCACGCAUACAUGACAGACAUCAUGUGUAUAAAGCGGCCCCAUGCCCGCAUCCACGCCACAACGAGAAACGACCGAUGAAAGAAACGAAUAAAACCCCACAACGACCGACCAACACACGAAGAUCGCUUCACACAGCAUCUAUCCAUCCAUUCAUCCAUCCAUCAGGGGUGGCUAAGUGUCGACCCCUGCCGAGUGAGCUGCCUGGCCAUUUGGUUCUUGAGGCUCAGCUGCACCGUCUGCACACUCACGGCGUGGCUGGUCAGGGGCGUAUAAGGCAUGAGCACCGACGAGGUGCUCCCCUGCGGCCGCAUCCGGUGGGUCGGGAAGAGGAUGGGCUUGGCGGGUAUGCCGCCGAACCGCUCGCCGCGCUCGAACUCCUCCCCCUUCAUCAUCAACGACAUGGGGGCCAGGUAGGAGCCGUCAGCCUUCAUUGGACGGUAAGGAGAUCCAGGCACAUGGGUGCGUCGGGAUGGAGGGAAAAGGUGUGUGUGUGUGAGUGAUUGUGUGUGUAUACCAUGUUGGUUGUGUAGAGGACGACGGCGCGUGUGCCGACUGUGCACCUGCGGCCUAUGGUGAUGGUGCCCAUCUUCAUGAUGCGGUCCUCAAACAGGUGGCCUGCACAACACACCAACAGACACACACACACGACACACACAUGCACUCCCAAAUCCCAAAUGCGAUUUCCCCUCCCUCCCUCUCUCCCUCUCUCCCCUGUCAGCUCAGCUCACCCUGCACAGUGACAUCGUCGUUGAUGCAGGCGUCAUCGCCAAUCGCCACCAAGUCAGGCUCGGUCAGGUGAGGCGUCGCCAUGUACACCCUGCUGCCAAUCCGCGCACCCAGCAAAUGGAACCACAUGGGCAGCAGGGGAGUGCCGAUCAGCACCCGGAUGAAGCUGUUGAAGGCCAGGUCUUCCUCCAGCGCAUUGGAGAGCUCGGCGCGCCAGACGAACGACGACCAGAGGGGCGCCUGCUGCUCGCCGUACCUGCCCACCAGCAGCCACUUGCCGGCGAUGGCGACUAUGGCGUUGACGGAGCCGUACAGCCAGAACAUGGCCGGCAUGAGGAAGAGGCCCCACCAGCCGAGAUCGGUCAGAGUGAUGGUCCCCACAUACCUGACACACACACACACACAGGGAGAGAGAGAGAGAUUCAAACACACCUCUCCCUGUCUGUCCGGUUCUAGUGGAUACCUACCAUGCAAGCAGAAACGAGUAGACCGACACGAUCCCCGGCAGUAUGGUCCUCAGCGCCUCAAUCGACCCCCGUAUAGGGUACAGGUGCACAGGGGGGUUGAAGGUGCGGCUGUCCCCGCUGUCCUUGACCACGGCACGGUUGGCGAGCGGGAAGGGCAGCGACCCCAGCCACGACGUCCCAUCCUUGGCCUCGUCCGCACCGGGGGCAAGGGACAUCACCCCCAGCAGCGUCUCCUUGCCGAAGCGGCUGCCCCCCGGCACACAGGCGUUGUUCCCGAGGAAUGUCCUCUCCUCACACAUCACCUUGCUGAUGCAGAAGUUGCGCUUGGCGUCGACGGUCCAGCCCCCCAGGCCGACGAAGUCUGCCACGAAGCAGUCGUCACCGAUGUGCAGCAUAUCGGGGGUCCAGUGGCGGGCGUCGGAGAUCUCCACACGGCGCCCGAGCUUGGCGCCAAGAAGGUUGAAGUAGGUCCGGGUGAACAUGGUGGAGUAGAACUGAGUGAGGCGGAGGAGGCCCAGAGAGAAGCACAUGGAUGGUAUGGUAUAGGUGUGUGGGGGGGGAGCUGACCUGGUGGGCGAAUGUGAGAGUGAUCUGUUGAGCCCAGUGGUUGACCCACCACCUCAGGUAGAGCCACCCGUACAGCGGGUAGGCGCCCUCCUUGAUGCGCUGCACCGUCACCCACUUGAGCACCACCGUGAACAGCAGGUACCACAGCAGCCCGCCCACCACCAGCACCGGCGCCCACGCAGCUCCCACAGAGAACCCCUCAUUGGUCGACACACGCACGGCCUCGGUCGUUGCCCAGAGCCAGGCCAUCAGGGGCACCCCAAGGGCGAGGAAGAUCACGUAGUAGCCGAGGAGCACGCCAAAGCAGAACAUGGCGAGGGUGGCGGCGCCCACACGUCUGUGCUCGACCCUGUCGUCCUCGACGUCGAUGGCGAUGGUGAGGUGCCGCUUUGGCGUGCGGACGUUGGCAGCAUUGCUGUCGUCGUGGGUCUUCUUGACGGAUGACUUGGUGGGGAUGGCCACUCUGUUGGAACCCCUUGCAGGUGCUCCCUCCCAGUGUGCUGAUGCGGGGACUUUUUGGCCAGAAUGGAGGACGGCGAGGUUGCCGAUGGAGCCGCCGUCGCCAAUCUCCGUGUUGAGGUUCACGCCACUGGGGGGCAGCAACGCAGAGAGAGGGGUGGUGGUGGUGUGUGUGCGUGCGUGUGUGGGGCUGUGGUCUCACCUUCGCUGUCCGAGCACAGCGCCUCGGCCUAGUUUCACCGUUCCAAGCCUCAGCUUCCCGUCCUCGACCUCCCAGCAUGACACCCGAGCACCCACAUUGAUCACCUGCACACCCACACCCACACAGAGGUGAGUGGUUGUCCAUGUAGAAUGCGGCCAUCCAUCCCCUUCCUCUCUCUCUGCUCACCACAUCGUCAUCGAGUGUCAGGAGGUCAUAGCCCGACACGAGCGUGGAGGCGAUGUGCACGUUGCGGCCGACCUUGACGCCAUACAGCCGCAGCACCCACGACAGCACUGGGGUGCCCGAGAACAUGGCCAGGGGGGCGCCCCAGGUCUCGACGAUCCACCACCUCAGGAAGUACCAGCCCCACCUACUCAUUCAUUCACAGACAACACAAGACAUGUCAAAGAACCGCUCCUUCCCUCUCUCUCCCUCUCUCUCUCUCGUCUGUCUCUCUUCCUUACAGAGGGUGUUCUCCGGGCACCACUUUGCCGAGGACGAUCCACUUGACGGCGACGGACACCAGCACCCACACGGCCCAUGACACGAUCGUCCACGCGGGGAAUGUGAAGAUGACGUAUGUGACGGAGUACUGGUCCAAAGUCUCCUCGAUCGCCCACAGCCCGGCCGCCACCCACAGCGCCGCGAAGGCCGACAGGAAGAGCAGGAACACACCCUGCAGGAACCACACCGUCCAGCGCGUCAGAGCCGGGGCCUGAUAGCACAAGACAACACAGCCACACAUGUCCAUGAGGACAAAGGUCCAUCACACACCACCACACUCAUCUCGUUCCUACCCCGCCUGAUUCGGUUUGUGUCUGCAAUCUUGACUUGAUCGACUUAAGACCCGUCGCAAAUCGUGUCGCCAGGCGGCCCAGCGGCGUCUGUGGUGGUGUGUGGGUGAACACACGCGCCCGGGGCAGCCGCAAAGGCACCCCCUCGGCCCUGCAUGUGUCGGUGAUGUUGGUGGCGAGCUUGCGGACUGUCCGGGCGUCGUAGAGGUCGCGGACGGCCGUGGGAACCAUCCGGAUCUUCUUGCGCAGGGCGGAGAUGAACUGACGAUCGACACACGAGGGACUGUGCAUGUGGUCGUGUGAUGCGGUGUGGUGUGGUGUGGUUGUGCGAGAGUGGGUAGGUGCCCGGGCAGGUACCUACCUGUGCGGCGCUGAGCGAGUUGCCUCCCAGUUGGAAGAAGUCGUCUUCGGCGCCGACCCUCUCCACAUUCAACACCUGCACUCACACACAGAGAGAAAUCCCCGCACCCCUACACAUCACACCCUCUCACAACACUCUCGCUCCCUCCCUCCCUCCCUCCCUCUCACGUCCGAGAACAGCUCAGCGAGCGUCGUUUCCAGGACUCCCUCAGGCUCAAGGUACUCGUUCCCCGGCCCCCCACCGGCACCACUGCCCGGUGCGGUCUCGCUGCCCGGCGUGGGCAUCUUCUCGAGCGCCUUCCUGUCCACCUUGCCAGUGGGUGAGAUGGGAAUGGCGUCGAGCAGGACGUACCGGGCGGGCACCAUGUAGUCGGGCAAGAUGGAGGCCGCGUGGGCGCGGAGGGCGUCGGGGGUGAGGGUGGAGGGAUCUGUGUCGGGUGAGUCCUCCUUCUUGGGCUCGAGGUAUGCGACCAGCCUGUGUGCAUGGCAUGGUGGGAGGGAGGGGGAGUGCUGGGGUCUUGUGGUUGUGCAUUUGUGUGUGUGUGUGAGCGUUCGGUUACGUUUUGGCGCCGCCUUUGCCGAUGUCCUGUCGCACGAUGACGCACACGUUGGCGACGGGCGGGUGGCGGCCGAGGGCUGACUCGAUCUCCGACAGCUCCACACGGAAGCCCCGGAUCUUGACCUGUGUUUGCGAAGGACAACAAGCAAGAACACACACACAUGCGCAGUGCAGUAGACUCAGAGUGGCCUGUGCCACCCACCUGUGAGUCGAUGCGUCCCAGGAACUCAAUGUCGUGGUUGGGUGACCACUGCACCAAGUCACCUGUCCGAUACAACCUGCACCCAUUCACACACACACACACACACACGUACUCAUGGGUGCGAUUCGCUUGCGCUGAAGACACCCGUCCACCUCCCUACCCUACCCCACCCACCGUGGGACAUAUCCAAAGGGCCCCUCCUCCCUCCUGAUCAGCUCCGGCCGCACCCGGCCCGAAUACGUCGGGCUCACCGCCACCUUGCUCAUCACGUCCGUGUUGACACUCAUGCCAUCCACCUCAACCCAGGUCUCCUCAGCCUCGGCUCGCGGCGUCUCCGGCGCGCGUGUGGUGAUGUCGUCGUUGCUGUUGCCCUUGCUGCUGGCCUUGCCAAUGUUGCCGGCCAGCUGCAGCCAGUUGGGCAUCGGGGGACUGUACUUGUCAGGUAUGAAUUUCUCAGGGUUGAGGUCGGGGCGGUUGAUGUAGCCACGGGCGACGGACAUGCCGCCGAUGAGCAGCUCGCCUGGUUUGCCCGGUGGGCAGAGGGCGCCCUGCUCGUCGACGAUGUAGCACGAGUAGCCUGGGAGGGGCUUGCCGAUCGUGACGGGCUUGCCAGACGUGAGCGUGUCGUAGGUGGCCACCACCGUAGCCUCUGUCGGACCUGACACAGAAAAUGGACGUGUUUGUGGCUGUCUGUGUGUGUGUGUGUGUGUGUGUGUGUUUAUGUGUGUGCCCCUACCGUAUGUGUUGAGCAACUGUCUGCCUGGUGCAUCCCACUUGUCCACGACCUCUGGAGGGCACGCCUCGCCGCCGGUGAUGACGAUCCGAAGCAGAGGAGGCGCCGGGAUAUCCUCAACCAAACGCAGCACCUGCACACACACACACACACACACGCACACAGAGCCGUGAGACAACGGACUGAUGGGUGUGUGGAUGAUCGCAGGGUGGCGUACCGUGGGCACAGUGGAGAAGACAGUGAUGCCCUUCUUGGCCAGCACCGCCCCCAGGGCGGGCCCCUGCCUCAUGGUCUCCUUCGUGCCCACCACCAGUGUGGCUCCCGCCGCAAAGGCCAGCCAGAUCUCCUCCACACUGGCGUCAAACGACGUCGAGAAGCCUUGCAGCACCCUGAGCCAACGCCCACAAGGAAGGGUGUGUUGAUGGGUCAGGCUCUCCGUGCCUGUGUGUGUGUGUGCGUGUGUGUACCUGUCUUCUGAGGUGGUGGGGAAGGACAUUUGCUCGGCGAGCACGAAGUUUGAGGCGCAUCGGUGCUCGAUACAGACGCCCUUGGGCCGCCCUGUGCUGCCGCUGGUGAAGAUGGCGUAGCACGCGUGACGCGGCUCGACGCCCACCUCUGACGGGCUGAGCGGCAAAGCCGAGAUCAUCUCAGAGUCCAUCAGCGACCUGUCCACAGCCACACACAGACACACAACACAUAUGUGAGACCUGUGCGUGUGUGCCGAGCAGGAGGGCAGGGGGGUGUUCAUCGUUCGCUUACCCCCAUUUGGUGGCGGUAAGGACAAUCGUGGCGCCCGGCUCGACGCCCUCAGCAGCCCAGCUUGUCAGCAUCGACAGGUCGGUGACCAGAUCCGGCGGCACCACACCCCCCAUGGCCUCCACCACAGGCACCAGGUCGUCGCUGGUCAGCACCAGCUUGGCCUUGCCGUCCUCGAGAGUCGACUGCACCCGCUCAGGCGGGUACUCAGGGUCGAUGCUGACGUAGGCUCCUCCAGCCUUGAGUAUUGACAGCAUGCAGAGGUAGAAGUGGGCGCCGCGGGGGAGGAACACCCCGCACAGGUCGUCGGGGAGCACGUGGCAGCUGCGGAUGAUACGCGCAAGGACGUUGGCAGUCUCCUCCAGCUCCGCAUAGGUCCACCGGAUGUCAUCCUCUUCACACUGCACACAACACAACACAACAUAACAGAGGGACAGACACAAUCACCAUGCAGACAGAUGUCAACACACUUGUGGAUCAACCUUCGUAUCAUUCUGUGUGCCAGCAAUGUGUGUGGUGUGUGCAUCGGUCGGUUCUGCGCACCUCCACCGCCACGUUGUCAGGAUGAGCAGCGGCGGAUCUUUCGAAGAUCUCGUGCAGCAGAGGUGGCUCGCCGCUCGUCGGCAGCAGGUGAGCGACGUCUUCAGGCAUAGACAGAGCUAUCUACACUACAGGCAGGUGGCUGCUGCUGAUGCACGACAGACAGAUGAACGUCAGAGAUGGGGAAAGUGAUGAUGAGGGAAAUCGACAGAUCUGAAGACUCCUCUGCUGGACAGAUCUGCGAGUGGGGAUGAGUGGGAGUCAACGCGGCUGGAGCAGGAUCCUUGCGAGCUGAU